UCUCUCCUCUCCCACAGCCACACUACCCUCCCGAACCAGAUCGCACGCACGCCAAUCUAGGUUUCGCUGCCUCGUCUUCCUCCUCGCGCCGGAUCGAGAGCGAUGAAGCUCGCGGGGCUCAAGUCGGUGGACAGCGCCCACGAGGAGUCCAUCUGGGCGGCGGCGUGGGCGCCCGCCGCCGACCACCGCCCCACGGCGCUGCUCCUCACCGGCGCGCUCGACGAGACUGUCCGCGUCUGGCGCCCCGACGACCUCGCCGCCGCGGGGUCCCCGGCGCGCGGUCACGCGCUCGGGGUCGUCUCCCUUGCCGCCCACCCCGCGGGCACGCUCGCCGCCGCGGUGUCGCUCGACAGCUACGUCCGCGUCUUCGACGUUGACUCCGGCGCCUCCGUCGCCACGCUCGAGGCGCCGCCGUCCGAGGUCUGGGGCGUCCAGUUCCACCCCAAGGGUAAUGCUCUGGCUGCCGCUGGUGGUGGCAGUGGGUCAGUGAAGCUCUGGGACACGGAGAAGUGGCAGCCAAUUGCCAGUCUCGCUGUCCCACGUCUGGAGGGAGCUCGCCCAGAUAAAACAGGCAGCGGCAAGUUUGUCCUAUCUGUUGCCUGGAGCCCUGAUGGAAAGCUCUUAGCUUGUGGAUCCAUGGAUGGCACCAUUGCUGUGUAUGACGCAGUCCGCAUGAAGUUCCUCCACCACCUCGAGGGCCACCACAUGCCAGUGAGGUCCAUGGUAUUCUCCCCUGUGGACCCCCACAUACUCUUCACUGCCAGUGACGACUGUCACAUCCACAUCUACGAUGCCAAGGAGAAGAGCCUCAUUGGGGCCAUGUCUGGGCAUGCGAGCUGGGUGCUGAGCAUUGACGUGAGCCCGGAUGGCAUGGCGGUAGCGACAGGCUCCAGUGACCGCACGGUCCGGCUUUGGGACAUCAACACGAGGACGUCGGUGCAGACGAUGAGCAACCACUCAGACCAGGUCUGGGCCGUGGCCUUCCGACCACCGGGAGGGAUGGGAGUCCGCGCAGGCCGGCUUGCUAGCGUGUCAGAUGACAAGAGUAUUUCCCUGUACGAUUACUCAUAAUUUUCAUACCGUUGCAACGCCUCUAUUGUAGUCUGUUUCCAGCUAGAGACUUCUAUUUGGCCGUGAAGGUUGGAGGAUUUGUUGUACAAUCCUGAUUGAACUCCUAACUUGCAAGUAAAGCAAGUUUACUUCCUGUCAUUGACUUAUUAUUGCCUCAAGGUUGUUAAGUUGCA